CACGCUCCCCGUUCCCUGGGAUGGGACGUUCCAAGGUCUCGCCUCCCCCCUGUGCCGGGCGGCGAUGGUUCAUUCCGGGCGAAGGCGGGGCCGCGGCCAGCUUCGGAGGCAGGGAGAGUUCUGCUUUGCCGUCCCCAGCUGGAAGCACCGUGCCCGCAGGCGCAGACUGCCAUGAACUGUCGCGCUGAGGUGCUGGAGGUGUCGGUGGAAGGCCGCCAGAUCGAGGAGGCCAUGCUUGCCGUGCUCCACACCAUCCUCCUCCACCGCAGCACCGGCAAGUUCCACUACAAGAAGGAGGGGACCUACUCCAUCGGGACGGUGGGGACGCAGGACGUCGACUGCGACUUCAUUGACUUCACCUACGCCAGGGUCUCCUCCGAGGAGCUGGACCGAGCGCUGAGAAAGGCCAUUGGGGAAUUCAAGGACGCCCUCCGAUACUCAGGCAGCGACGGCAUUGGGCAGAUCUCCCUGGAGUUCUACCAGAAGAAGAAGUCACGCUGGCCCUUCUCGGAUGAGUGUAUCCCCUGGGAGGUGUGGACCAUCAAGGUCAACGUGGUGAACCUGGCCAACGAGCAGGAGCGGCAGAUCUGCCGGGAGAAGGUGGGGGAGAAACUGUGCGAGAAGAUUAUCAACAUUGUGGAGGUGAUGAACAGGCACGAGUACCUGCCCAAAAUGCCCACCCAGUCGGAGGUGGACAACGUCUUCGACACGGGCCUGAAGGACGUGCAACCCUACCUCUACAAGAUCUCCUACCAGAUCACCGACUCCCUCGGUUCCUCCGUCACCACCACCAUGCGGCGGCUCAUCAAAGACACGCUGGCACUGUAGGGCCUGGGGACAGGGGGCUUGCACCUUUCUGCUCCCUAUCACACAGGAUGACCCAGGGUGUCCUGGCAAGUAGAAUCGUCUCAGAGCACGGUCCCAGUGGGUGUUUGCCUGGGCAGGCCUCUCUGCUUAGACCCCUCCCGUCCAUCUGUACAUUUCAGAUGGAAGCUUUCUGCAGGCUGGACUUGGGCUGGCCCUUAAUUGUGAAUCUCCCUAUGUGGGGGUCACCUGGGGCUGUGAACUGAAAUGACAGCAAAACUGCUCCUUGUGCCACGUGGCCUAUAUUGCAGCUGGCCUGUCAGCUCCCCUCCCCCGGUCUCCCUUUCCUCCCUCAGAUCCCUCCUGAAGCCCCAGUUCCCUUAUGGACCCUCGUCCCUGCACUGCCUGGCACUGGGACUGCUGCUGCCUUGUUUCAUCUGAGUGGGAUUGUGAAUUCCUGAACAGGGCCCCUCCUUUUUCUCCCCCGUCUGUUUGGAGAGGGGCUUUGCACAGGCUCGAGCAAUAGAGCAGUAACCUCUGGCUGGUGGGCGAGUCAGGGAUUGUAUUUCUCUGCCUUUAACACUGUCUUGUUGUAACAGUGGGGAAAGAAUUGCCCUCAGCAGAGCAGCUGUGACCCCCCACAGCCACGGUUAGAACAGCAGUCAUAGGAGUCUCUGGGUGCCCAUGAGGCAAGGCCCAUCUCUGCCUCUCUCUCCGUCUGGGAAAGGGGGAGAAUGCUGCUGGUGGUCGAAGAGCUCACAGGGUAAGCAGAUAGUCUUUGUUAAGCUUCAUAAAGCCCCUUCCCGAAAAUACAGGGGCGCAGCUGGGCACUUGCCCAGCCACUAAAACCCAUAUUCCCUAGUCAGUCACCUUAAACCAAGUCCACGUCUGACGUGCGGCCACUGUGGUGAGAGUGGCUGCUGUGGAGAGAGGCUGGGCUGGCCGGAGACGUGAGUGCUGCGAAAGAGUGGCAGUUGCUUCCUGUUCCUGCCGGCUCUGUCCCCGCACAACGCGCUGUCAGAGGGGCCAGUAGCUACGUCUACUUGGGCACACAGGAGCUAGUGCUUGUGUGUGUUGUCCAGCGACCUCACAGCACUGCCGUCACCUUGAAAAUACCCCCUUCGUUCUUCCUGGCUGCUAAAAGAAAACUGAGCAGCCAGGAGCUCUGUGUAAAGCGGGGUGAGAUCUCCAAACCCUGUCUCUUCAACACACUUACACCCCCGUCCCCACUUCCUCUCUCAUGGAGACUGACGCCCACAUGUUUGUUACAGACACCCUGUGUUUAGAAACUGACCUGUCUGUGUUCUGUGGAUCUCGUACUCUGGGCGUAAUAAACACUGGCCUGGG